GAUUUUAGACAGGAGGUAGAUAAAAAAACACAGUUUAUCUUUAUCCCUUCUCAAUGUUCUCAUCCACAUCUCUCUCUCUCUCUCUCUCUCUCUCUCUCUCUCUUCCAAGUUAAGUCCAAGUUCCAACUUCUAAGAUCUAGGUUUAGUUUGUUUCUUGAGUUUUGUAUUGUUGUUAUUGGAUUUCUUGGUCAUCAAACCAUGAAAAGGUUGAAUAGUUGCUGACUCUCUCUCUCUCUCUCCCCCCUUCCUUUUGUGUUUUGCCAAAACCAAAAUUGUCUCUUGGGUUGGUGCCAACAGCCAAAUAGCUAGAGUGAAAACAGAAGAUUUUGGAUUCAAAGAUAUAUACCCCUCGUCAGCUCAAAAUUUUAGCUUCUCUCUCACUCUAUAAUUUUCUCCCACUUUAUCAAAAAUCAUCUAGAAUGAGAUGAUGAACAAUUAGAUCUUCUAAAAAAAAAAAAAAAAAACUCAGGUGUGGAAGAAGGGAGCUGAGAUCGAGCAUGUCUAAUUUGACUUCUGUCUCUGGUCAUGAGUCAAGUUUUCCUUCUGGGAGUAACACCAUCUUUCCUCAACAAUAUUUUUCUCCACCAAGUGCUCAAACUCAACCAGCCCCAAAGAAGAAGAGAAGUCUCCCAGGCAACCCAGACCCAGAAGCAGAAGUGAUAUCUCUAUCACCCAACUCUCUCUUAGCAACAAACAGAUUCACGUGUGACGUAUGUAACAAAGGGUUCAAGAGAGAUCAAAAUCUUCAGCUCCACAGGAGAGGGCAUAAUUUGCCAUGGAAGCUCAAGCAGAGAGUUACAGGCAAAGAAGGCAUAGUGCUUAUAAGGAAGAAAGUGUAUGUGUGCCCAGAAUCUAGUUGUGUGCACCAUGACCCAUCUAGGGCUCUUGGGGAUUUGACAGGAAUCAAGAAACACUUUUGCAGAAAGCAUGGUGAGAAGAAGUGGAAGUGUGAAAAGUGCUCUAAGAAGUAUGCUGUUCAAUCUGAUUGGAAAGCUCAUUCCAAGACUUGUGGCACUAGAGAGUACAGAUGUGAUUGUGGCACCAUUUUCUCGAGGAGGGAUAGUUUCAUCACUCACAGAGCCUUCUGUGAUGCUUUGGCAGAAGAAAGUGUAAGGGCAAUCUCGUCAAACCCACUUCUUAAUUACCCCCUGGUCCAAUCCCAAUUCAUCAACAACACAGAUCAUGACAACACGAUGAUCAAGAAAGAGCAGCAGAAUUUCACUAACCCGAACCCGGAUAACACUAUCCCAGUGUGGUUAUAUCAAGAUUUCCAGAACCCUAAUAGCCCUAGUACUGUGGGACCCUCCCCAAACCUGUCAGCAACUGCGUUGCUACAGAAAGCAUCUCAGAUGGGUCAUCACGUGUAUGCGGAUCCGUGUAACCAAACAGCUGGUUUUGGGCUGAAUUUUUCAUCACGUGAAGGGAGGGCAGCUGCUGGGUUUGUCCAUAGUCCUUUUGGUGGUGGUAAUAGUAAUAAAGCUGCAGUUUCUUCUGGGGUACUUAGUAGUAUUAUUAGAGGGCAGGAAUCACCUGCAAUGGCUGGUACUGGUGGUGCGGGCACAGGUGCACCUUCUUCUCUGAAUAUUCAAGAUAUGGUGGAUUCAGUACUCUCUUCUGGACAUGGGUUUGAGGGUAUGACUAAAGAUUUCUUGGGGCUGAGGCCUUUAUCACAUAGUGAAAUUCUCAACAUGGGCAUGGCUGGAUUUAGUAGUCAUAUUGAUGGUCUUAAUGAGAAUCAGAAUCAAACCCAAAAAUCAUGGCAAGGUAAUUAGUUCUAGUUCUUGCAUUGGACACUUCUUUUCGAUGUGCUUAGUUUUGUAAUAUUUGUUGUUCUUGAGUUUCUUUCUUCCAAAGGGAAGAAGAUACUAUAUAUGUGGAACCCUAAAGGAUAUGACUUGAUCUAGUUACAUAUGGAGUAGUGCUCUUUAA